UGCCGCCCCUCAUGGCCGCAGCUAGGCGGAAGGCGCGGUGGGAGCCGCGGCGGCCGGAGCGGCCCCAGCGUCCUCGCUGGGGAGGGAGAAGGGGUGCGUUUGCAACGCUAAUGCGAUAACGAUCAUACUGAGGCGUUUAAAGUAUCAAUGAGACAAGUCACUGAACUGGCGUCAGUUGUUUUUUUGCAGAAAGUUUAAUCCUUCCUCAAAGCGGGCUGCCGCGAGCCACAUACUGAAGUGCAGGGUUGCAGAAUUAAACAACUGAGAUUUAGUUUUUCAGAUGUCACUGCGCACCGUUGUUACAUCUGUGUUUACAGGAAAGGCUGCUAAAAUAAACCGGGAGGUGUGUACGCACAUUUCCAGUAAGUUGGUGUUGGCGCUGGGCGCCCGCAGCCACGCCAGAGGUGAAGCAUGCCCUGUUACUGUGAUAAAAGGCCAUCCCAUUGUUCAACAUCACAUCGUAUCCAUCACUACUCUUCCUUUGCGGAAGAAAUAAACACUGUUGGCACAGGAAGCAAAAUAAUACAUGUUGUGAAUCAGAGGAGAGCUGCUAGAGGGGGUCGCAAAAGCAAGCCCCGGUUCUCAGGAGCAUCAUCCUACGUGACUGAAACGCUUAUCAGGCAAAACUCUCUGAAGUUUCCCAGUAAGGAUUAGAACAAAGAUGGACGGAUAAGAAAAGUAUUAAUCAUCUCCAAGGAACUAGAAACCAGUGUGACAGAAAAUAUGAGAUCUUUCAGAAACAUUUUUCUUUAUGAGUGCCUGUUUGCAUUAACUUUUUGGAAGCAUUGCAGCCUGUCUGUGGAAAAUGAACUCUUUAUAUCUGCUUCUAAUGAUUUUCCAGAAGAUGGUUCUGACAAAAAAACCAAGAGCCUGCCACUCCUGUAUACAAACAGUCAUCAGUCCAAAGCUAAUUUUGACUGGGUUGUGAUACAAAAUACUACAGAAAGCCUGUCAUUGUCAGAAAUCACAAAUGACAAUGUAAAAAAAUUAGUAGCUUUAUUAUCUAACUUCAGACGAGGCUCCGGGUUACAAAAUCUGACACUGACAAAUGUGUCCGUGGACUGGGAUGCUCUUACUGAAAUUCUUCAGACUGUAUGGCAUUCAUCCAUUGAAUACUUCAAUAUUAACAGUGUAACACAAUUGUCAAACAUCAAAACGUAUGACUUUGACUAUUCAGGUACCUCUAUGAAAGCACUGACUGUGAAGAAAGUUUUUAUCACAGAUCUGUACUUCUCACAGGAUGACCUAUACAAAAUAUUUGCAGACAUGAAUAUUGCAGCCUUGACAAUAGCUGAAUCAGAGAUGAUACAUAUGCUGUGUCCUUCAUCUGACAGUCCCUUUAGAUACUUGAAUUUUUUCAAGAAUGAUUUAACAGAUUAUGUUUUUCAAAAAUGUGACAAAUUAAUUCAACUGGAGACACUAAUUUUACAGAGGAAUAAAUUUGAGAGCCUUGCCAAGGUAAGCUUCAUGACCAGCCAUAUGAAAUCACUGAAAUACCUGGACAUGAGCAGCAACUUGCUGAGUCACGAUGGAGCUGAUGCGCGAUGCCAAUGGGCUGAGUCUCUGUCAGAGCUGGACCUGUCCUCAAAUCAGUUGACAGAUGUCGUGUUUGAGUGCUUGCCCGUCAACAUCAAAACCCUCAACCUCCAAAACAAUCAGAUCGCCAGCGUCCCCAGGGGGGUGACCGAGCUGAAAUCCUUGGCAGAGCUGAACCUGGCAUUGAACAGGCUGGCUGACCUGCCGGGGUGCAGCGGCUUUAGUUCUCUGGAGUUCCUGAACACAGAGAUGAAUUUGAUCCUCACCCCAUCUGCCGACUUCUUCCAGAGCUGCCCCAGGGUGCGGGAGCUACAAGCCGGGCACAACCCGUUCAAGUGUUCCUGUGAACUGCAGGACUUUUUGCGUCUGGAGAGGCGGUCUGGGGGGAAGCUGGCUGGCUGGCCGGCAGCGUACCUGUGCGAGUACCCGUCAGCCUUGCGGGGAACGCAGCUGAAGGAUUUCCACCUGAGCGAACUGGCUUGUAACACGGCGCUCCUGCUGGUGACGGCUCUGCUGCUGACGCUGGUGCUGGUGGCUGUCGUGGCCUUUCUGUGCAUCUACCUGGACGUGCCGUGGUACGUGCGGAUGACGUGGCAGUGGACGCAGACGAAGCGCAGAGCUUGGCACAGCCGCCCCGAAGGGCAGGAGACCGUUCUGCAGUUCCACGCGUUCGUUUCCUACAGCGAGCGCGAUGCGUUGUGGGUGAAGAACGAGCUGAUCCCGAACCUGGAGAAGGGGGAGGACUGUGUACAACUGUGCCAGCACGAGAGAAACUUUAUCCCUGGCAAGAGCAUUGUGGAGAACAUCAUCACCUGCAUUGAGAAGAGCUACAAGUCGAUCUUUGUGUUGUCUCCCAACUUUGUGCAGAGCGAGUGGUGUCACUAUGAGCUGUACUUUGCCCACCACAAAUUAUUCAGUGAGAAUUCCAACAGCUUAAUCCUCAUUUUGCUGGAGCCGAUCCCUCCGUACAUUAUCCCCGCCAGGUAUCACAAGCUGAAGGCUCUCAUGGCAAAGCGAACGUAUCUGGAGUGGCCAAAGGAGAGGAGCAAGCGUGCCCUUUUCUGGGCAAACCUGAGGGCAGCUAUUAACAUUAACCUGCCAGUAGCUGAUGGAGAGAGAUCUGGGGAAACAGACUGAGAAUCUUUCUAAUGAGAUUUCUUUUGGUUUUUCUUGGUGAAGCAAUAAAUAUAUUUUGAUUUCCAUUGUUUGUGAAUGUAUUUAACAUUUUGCUAUAGAACCUUGUUUCUACAUUGUUAUCUAUGAUACUGUCCAACUGUAGGCAAAAUUCAACUUACCUUACUGGAAGUCUCUUGAGAUUGAUGCAGAGAUGGCAAAUCACAAAUGAAUUUGUAUGUGGAUUUUGAAAUACAGCUUGAAAUACUGUA